AACAUCAAGGCCUUUUACAAUGAAACGUGGCACAGAAGGCAUGGACUUCCCGUAGACCCGGACACUCUCACUCUGCUCUGGUCCGUGACUGUGUCCAUAUUUGCCAUUGGUGGCCUGGUGGGGACGCUGAUGGUGAAGAUGAUCGGAAAGUUUCUUGGGAGGAAGUACACUUUGCUGGUCAACAAUGGAUUUGCGAUUUCCGCUGCCUUGCUGAUGGCCUGCUCACUCCAGGCAGGAACCUUUGAAAUGCUCAUUGUGGGCCGCUUUGUCAUGGGAGUAGAUGGAGGCAUCGCACUCAGUGCCCUCCCCAUGUACCUCAACGAGAUCUCACCCAAAGAGAUCCGUGGCUCUCUGGGUCAGGUGACCGCCAUCUUCAUCUGCAUUGGCGUGUUUGUUGGGCAGCUGCUGGGCCUACCUGAACUGCUGGGAAGGGACAGCACCUGGCCAUACCUGUUUGGAGUGAUCGCUGCCCCUGCGUUGGUCCAGCUGGCCAUCCUGCCCUUCCUCCCUGAGAGCCCACGAUAUCUGCUCUUCGAGAAGCACGACGAGGCCGGAGCUGUGAAAGGUCGGCAGGUGGAAGAGGCCUGGGGUGAGCUGUUACUCAGUGACUGCCCAGAGACACAGAACGGAUUCUGGGAGGCCCCUUCUCCAGCAUCCCCAUUCCACAUGGAACACCAGAACACCAGCCAGCGGGAACAGGGCUCAGUUACUUUCACCCAGCUCUACGUGGAACACGAGGCAAUAAUGACCUAUAACCUUCAUCCUGCUCCGCACAGAACAUCAGCCAGCAUGAGCAAGACUCGGUUACCCUCAUCCACUCUGAUCUGGUUCUACACCAACAGCAUCUUUGGAAAAGCUGGGAUUCCUGAGGACAAGAUCCCCUACAUCACCCUGAGCACUGGUGGCAUUGAGACACUGGCUUCCAUCUUCUCUGGCCUGGUCAUUGAGCGCCUGGGACGGAGACCCCUCCUUAUUGGUGGCUUCGGGCUAAUGACCCUCUUCUUUGGGAUCCUCACCAUCACACUGACACUGCAGGACCAUGCCCCCUGGGUCCCUUACCUGAGCAUUGUGUGCAUCCUGGCUAUCAUCGCCUCCUUCUGCAGUGGCCCAGGUGGGAUCCCGUUCAUCCUGACAGGGGAGUGUUUCCAGCAGUCACAUCGGCCAGCAGCCUUCAUUAUCGCAGGCACGGUCAACUGGCUCUCCAACUUCACUGUGGGCCUCCUCUUCCCCUUCAUUCAGAAAAGCCUGGACACCUACUGCUUCCUCGUCUUUGCCACAAUAUGCGCCGCAGGUGCCAUCUACUUUUAUUUUGUCCUGCCAGAGACCAAGAACAGAACCCAUGCAGAAAUCAGCCAGGCAUUUGCCAAGAGGAGCAAGGCUUACCCCACAGGGCAGAAGGCUGACUCUGCGGCGGCUGAGGAGACAGCAAAUACCGUGUGAUCUGAGUCAGACCCCUGCUCUAUGCUGGACAGCCAUGGCCAAAACAGGAUUGUCUAUGUGACCUCACCCCAGCCACCCAAGGCUUUCCAGACACUUGGAAGACAUCAGCUGACUGAGGCCACUCGAAUCUCUCCUGAUGAAGGCUUGAGGAAGAAGUCAGUGUGAAUCAGACCUCCCAGUGUGUCUUCACAGCUCCCCCUCCCAAACUCCCCAGGAAGCUGACAGGUUGUCCCCUAGGUUUAGUACCCUUACCAUUCUGUGCAGACCAACUUCUCUGACUGAACUCACACUUUUGAAAUGAAGUUGGCAAAAGGAGAUCAUGUUGCCUUCUCAAAAGAAAACUGUCUCAUCUGAUGGAGGAUUCACUGGACUGGGAACAGCAGCCCGAGGCUUAACCUAGCUAUGCUGGGGGUCACAGCCCCACCUUGCCUUCUGCCUACAGCCUCAGAGUCCUGGACCUUGGUCCUACAUGGAAGCUUUUCAAGUUCCAUGGGAAGAUUCUUUAUACCCCCCAACCACUGCUCAUUGCCAGUCUCCCCUGUGGACCUCAUGCUUAGGACAGCCUCAUACCCACCAGGCACACUGCAGGUCCUGCCUUGUCCAGCCAUGUCCCUGGGACUCAAGGCUGCCAGGUCUGGGACUAUCUUUCAUUCAGACUGUUACACAGAUCAAAAAGAUCAGUGUGUAAUACAAGAAAGAACUUUCUGGUAAGUAGGGAGUAGAGACUGCAAGUUGAACUCUGAACACUAAGAAUGACUCUGAUACAAUACCUAGACUUGAUGGGAAACAACAGUGGAAAUGACUGAUCGAUCGAUCAAUUGAUUGAUUGAUUGAUUGAUUGAUCGACUGACUGAUUGAUCAUGCCUGCUCUGAGUACAGGACUGAGAGAUCAGCUUUGUGUUUGAAAAGUCAAGAAGAGAGUCACCCUCUGAGAUGAUGAGCCACCUUGAAAGAUGCUCCUGUCACUCAGUGCUCAGGUGAAGGCUGAGUUCACCUGUCUCCACUGAGAUUAAGGGAGUCUGAGUCCGUUUUAGAGGAAGCAUUUGAGUGGAUGUUUGAGUUGGAGCAACUUGAAUUCUGCCACUGUCAUGCCUGACAUGCGGUUUAACUGACUCCUUUCUGCCUCCAAAUGAAGGGAAGAUGAAAAUUUCAUAAGCAAACGAUAGGCACCUAAAUUCACACCAGUGUGUUUGAGUCUCCAGUGCUGUGCUAGAUGGCUUCACUUGUUACCUGGACACACCUGGGUAGAGGGAGCCUCAACGGAGGAACUUCCUCCAUUGGAUUAGUCUGUGGCCAUGUCUG